AUGAAUGCAAGAUCACAGAUUAUGGAACUGACUGUAGAAGGCAGACAGAUUGAAGAAGUGGUGCAAGCAUUGUUCCACACAAUCUUACUACACAGAACUACAGGCAAAUAUAAUUAUAACAAGGACAGAAAUUUCACCAUUGGUUCCAUAUCUGCACAGGAUGUUGACUGUGACUUUGUUGAUUUUACAUAUGUGAAAAUAGUCAGUAAGGAACUGGAUGCUCAAAUCAAGAAAGAGAUAGCACAGUUUCGGGAUACUUUGCGUGCCAGUGAAGGACCACAUUCGGGGCAGAUCAGUUUGGAGUUCUACCACAAGCACAAGAGUCGGUGGCCAUUCCAGGCUGACAGUUCUCCAUGGGAAGUGUGGAGCAUCAAACUGGAUGUGAUCACUCUGCAUAAUGAAAAUGAACGAUCCGAGUUCAAAACCAAACUUUCUGAGCAGCUUUCGGAUAAGGUGUUCAGCAUUAUUGAUGUGAUAAAUCGUCAUGAAUACUUGCCACGUAUGCCAGCUAGAGAGGAGGAAGGCUCGGUGUUCGAUACCAGCUUUAAAGAUAUACAGCCAUAUUUGUUCAGGAUCUACCACCAGACUACUGGUCCUUCUCCAACAUCUGUAGGCACUACAAUGAGAAAGUUUCUCAGAGGAUCCCUGGCCUUAUAA